AUGGCUCCCGCCGCUGCCCCCGGCCGCACACGGGCGGCGGGCGCCCGCUGAGGGACCGCUGCGGCCGGGACCGCGGGCAGCGCAGGGCAGGGCUGCGCCGAGCCGAGGAGGGGGUGCGCGGCGUCUUAAAGCAGAGCGGCCCCGUCCUUCUUCCAGACCUUCGUCUGGAUGGGAAGAAAAAGGAUGGAGGAGCAGUGGUGGAAAGGGCAGCUGGCAGCAGACAUCCAUCAGACCUUGCGGACGAAGGAGCUUACAUUGCCUCUGUACAAGGCUCGUUCACCCCAGAUUGGGAUGCGCCGGUACUUCAUUGACCUCUUGACUGCCCUGAGCAGCCGCUGCAGUCUGUGCCCUACGGCCCGGCAUCUCGCCAUCUAUUUAUUGGAUCUCUUCAUGGAUCGCUAUGAUAUCACUGUCAAGCAAUUGCACAUCGUUUCGUUUGCCUGCCUUCUCCUAGCAAGUAAAUUUGAAGAAAAAGAAGAUAAAAUUCCAAAGUUGGAGCACUUUAAUAACCUGGCAUACAUGUGCAAUCUGAAUGUGGUAUUGAACAAGAAAGAGUUGCUUAAAAUGGAAAUGCUGCUUUUGGAAAACUUCAACUGGAACCUGUGUCUACCAACACCAGCACAUUACAUUGACUAUUACCUCUACAUGUCCGUUGGUGAGAGUGACCUUCACAAUGGCUGGCCAAUCACCUCGUUGACCAAAAUCAAAGAUUUUCUGGAUAAAUACGCCUAUUAUUUCCUUGAUUUCUCUGUGCAAGAUCACACUUUCCUCCAUUUUCGCCCGUCUCUGGUCGCUGCAGCGUGUGUGUGCGCCUCGCGGAUCUGUAUGCAGGUUUCUCCUGCCUGGACAACACAGCUUGAAUUGCUGACGUGUUAUUCCUGGGAACAUCUUGCCCAAUGCAUUGAAAUGAUGCUCAUAUAUUAUGAGAAUGACAUCAAAGAAGCCAGUAACAUAAAGCAAGUAACAAUUCAACAUCAAGAACAAGAAGCAGUGGGGAAUCUGAGACGUCAAGCUAUUACUGAAGUCCUCUUCCAGCAAUCCAGUUACCAGCCUUUAGCCCAGCAUGCAGCUACGCUUUCCCAGUUCCAGUCACCAGUGCAAGACUUGUGCUUUGCUUACCGUGCCUCCUUGCAGGCCCGCAGGCCCAGCAGCCUGCUUGCUGGCAGUGCUGGCAGCUCACUGCACUCCUGUGCAGCUCUUCCAGCUGGCCUUCGGCUAUCUGCCCAGACUCUGCCCCUCCAAGAGCCUGUUGCCAUGCAGGUGACAUUAGAAACAGAGCCUAGACAUUGCUUUUCCAUGGCUUAUGGCAGCAGUUACUUCAGUGGUCAUCAGUCAUACGCAGCUGGGUGUUUUGAUGGAUAAAUAUUGAUGGGAGCAAAAGGGAAGAUGAGUAGAAGCUGAAGAGACCCUGUGUUGAUACAAGAUCCGUAUCUGAAUGAUAACCAUGAAGGAACAGAAUCCUUAUGACUCGCUCAUUCAGAGGACGUUGAUCUGGAUCCACUGGUCACUGGAACCUCGGUGCCUUUCUGCCAAGGGUUGUACCUUUGGCUCUUAAUGGGAGAGAAACAGAAAUUCAUUAAUAUACCUCACUCAAUAUCACUUUGAGAGACAUCUGCAUAGAAACCGUGUGGAGAGAUGUACUUCCUUCUUGUCUUGAAGUUGUAGUGAGGAGUGUUUUCACAGUGGAGAACUGUCAAAUUUCUGGCCAAGUCACAAUUUACCUAGAAGAUGCUGUUGGAAAACACAAAGUGCUCUCCCAGUGACGUGUCAACAGUGGUGGCUUAUACUACUGGAAGCUUCCAAUGAAACAGACUGAAAUUGGAAUCAGUUAAAUGUGAACUUUGUUUAUGCUGGAAUCUCUGUGGAAACUUUCCAUUUUCUUUGAGCAGAAAUGAUAGUUCUGGAGCAAGACAUCAGAAUAAAAGGGGAAAAAUAGAGAAAGAUGUGCCAGAAGACUAUCAAAUCACUUUUGACUUCAUUGUCUUGGAAUCUAAACAUGAUGCUGCUGAACGGAACAUCACUCUGCCUUCAAGUAUUUUAGAAACCCACAGCCUUAAGUCAUCUUUUAGAUCUUUCUCAUGCUGCUGCUUUUUAAACUGGAGGUUAUUGUUAGUGAAAUUGUUUGGGAGCUUUAUCAGGGAUUUCAUGUUACUUGAAGAAAUUUACUUGGAAAAACUCUUGAAAGGUUCAAUAAGCCUGCAGUUAUUUCAUCUCCUGGACUCAAUGACUUGUGGCAGUAGUUCAGUCUCAGGAUAGAGGAGCUGGUGUUAAUGCAGGCAAAGACAGGGAACUGGUUAGGAACUGGUUAACUUUACUGGGACAUUAGAGUUUGUUUGCAGUUUUAGCAUUCUUUUGGAAAAUGAAGCUGGUAAAUUGAAGAUGCUGUCGCUUCUUUGCAGUGACACACACCUAGUGUCACAUAUCCAAAGGUUUCUUGGUCAACUAACAUCAGGAAUGAUUGUUGAAAACCCCUAUAGGCUUUUUUAAUGUUAAUGUAUUUACAAGAAACAGAAUUCUGCAAAUGUGAAACUUUUAGUUUUGAUAUAUGCAACCACUAUUGUAAAUUGUUUCAAGGCAGUACUUUUGGUUUGCCUUUUAUCUGAAGGUUCUCAGGACAGCAAUACAAGUAAUGUGCAAUAUGCUUUUACUGACUUGGAGUAAUUUUUUCAAGUCAUGUGUUACAGUGCUGUUUUAAAUUAUAUUUUUAGAUGGGUAUUUUAGGGUGGAGGGAAAAAAACUAGCCUGCAUGCUAGUGUGUGUUUGUGUAACUCUUUAGAGAAUGAAACUUUUGGUAUGAAAUUACUUCAUUUCUUCAGCAGAUAGAGGAAUCUUCUUGGUUUAUGUUUUUACAAAAAUGCAAACUGGAAUAAGA